UUUCCUUCCGCAAAGUCCGGAACUAGGUACAAGCUUGAUAUCGUGUUCGAACAUCUGCAAUUCCCUGUCUUCGUCUUGUUUCCCUUUCCGCUUUACAGUUUGAGUGGAGGCAGAAUGGCUGCGUUCCUUUCUCGUCUACCGUCGAUACCGUAUCCGCCCGAACAGGAUGGAUGGUUCUCUCCGGUCACAUCUACCCUUGACUGGUGUGAAGAGAACUAUGUAGUGACACAAUACUCGGCAGAAAUUAUCAACACCCUCACGAAUCUUCUGUUCAUGUACUUGGCAGCCAAAGGUAUACGCAACUGCUUAAAGAAUGGACAUGACACAGUUUUCCUCGUGGCAUUCGUUGGCUACUUGCUCGUUGGAACUGGAAGCUUCCUCUUUCACGCGACACUGAAAUAUCCCAUGCAGCUUGUAGAUGAGCUCUCGAUGAUCUACACAACGUGUUUGAUGAAUUUUGCAACAUUUUCGUAUGGAAAGUCUCGACUCUACUCUACUGUUCUUGCGGUUGGGCUGGUGUCUCUCGCCGUCUUCAUUACGCUAUAUUACCAUUACCUCCAGGAUCCAACCUUCCAUCAAAACGCCUACGCGCUCCUCACAGCAAUCGUGCUGUUUCGGGCCAUGUAUGUAAUGGAGGUGAAUAUCCGCCCGCGCUUCCGGUCCAAGGAGAGGGAAGCUGCGAACCCGCGUCCGCAUAGAGGUGUGAAGGCGGUCCAAGAAAGGGAGGACGUGCGGGACCAGGAGAUUCUCAGUACCAUGUGGAAGAUGAUUGCAUUUGGUCUAAGCAUCUUCUUGGGUGGUUUCGCAGUUUGGAGUCUCGAUAACGAGUACUGCUCGAAGUUGAUCCAGUGGAGGAGGGAGAUUGGUAUGCCCUGGGGCUUCGUACUGGAGGGUCAUGGGUGGUGGCAUCUCAUGACGGGAACCGGAGCCUACUACUACAUCGUGUGGGGUGUGUGGCUUCGACAUUGCCUUAACUACAGGCAAGACGAGUACGAGCUGGACUGGCCCAACUUCUGGACGAUGCCGCAAGUUAUUAAGCGACAAGAAGCGUUGAAUAGAGGCCAUAGAUCUUUAACGCACUCACCGCUUCUGCUCCUCUUGCUCUCCACACCAGCACCACCAGCACCGUCGACCAGCCAUAACCCAGCUCGCCGCACUUUCUCCUCAGCACUUCCCAUUAACCUCAUCCCCCAACCGCCAACAUGCGUGAGAUUGGACAAGCGCGAACAACAGAGAACAACAGCUAACAACUCUUCUGUGCAACAGGUUCACCUCCAGACCGGUCAAUGCGGUAACCAAAUCGGUGCUGCCUUCUGGCAGACCAUUUCCGGCGAGCAUGGCCUCGAUGGCUCUGGUGUCUACAACGGCACUUCAGACCUCCAGUUGGAGCGCAUGAACGUCUACUUCAACGAAGCGUCCAACAACAAGUUCGUGCCCCGUGCCGUCCUCGUCGAUCUCGAGCCCGGUACCAUGGACGCCGUCCGCGCUGGUCCCUUCGGCCAGCUGUUCCGCCCCGACAACUUCGUCUUCGGCCAGUCUGGUGCUGGUAACAACUGGGCAAAGGGUCAUUACACCGAGGGUGCCGAGCUGGUCGACCAGGUCCUCGAUGUCGUGCGCCGCGAGGCCGAGGGCUGCGACUGCCUCCAGGGUUUCCAGAUCACCCACUCCCUCGGAGGUGGUACUGGUGCCGGUAUGGGUACGCUUCUCAUCUCCAAGAUCCGUGAGGAGUUCCCCGACCGCAUGAUGGCCACCUACUCCGUCGUGCCUUCCCCCAAGGUCUCCGACACCGUUGUCGAGCCCUACAACGCCACACUCUCCAUCCACCAGCUGGUUGAGAACUCGGACGAGACCUUCUGCAUUGACAACGAGGCUCUCUACGACAUCUGCAUGAGGACUCUCAAGCUGAACAACCCCUCCUACGGCGACCUGAACCACCUCGUUUCCGCUGUCAUGUCGGGUGUCACUACCUGCCUGCGUUUCCCCGGUCAGCUCAACUCUGACCUGAGGAAGUUGGCCGUCAACAUGGUUCCCUUCCCCCGUCUCCACUUCUUCAUGGUCGGAUUCGCUCCCCUCACCAGCCGCGGUGCCCACUCCUUCCGCGCCGUCACCGUUCCCGAGCUCACCCAGCAGAUGUUCGACCCCAAGAACAUGAUGGCUGCUUCCGACUUCCGCAACGGUCGCUACCUGACCUGCUCUGCCUACUUCCGUGGUAAGGUCUCCAUGAAGGAGGUCGAGGACCAGAUGCGCAACGUCCAGAACAAGAACUCCUCAUACUUCGUUGAGUGGAUCCCCAACAACGUUCAGACCGCCCUCUGCUCCAUCCCUCCCCGCGGCCUGAAGAUGUCCUCUACCUUCGUUGGUAACUCGACCUCCAUCCAGGAGCUGUUCAAGCGUGUCGGUGACCAGUUCACUGCCAUGUUCAGGCGCAAGGCUUUCUUGCAUUGGUACACUGGUGAGGGUAUGGACGAGAUGGAGUUCACUGAGGCUGAGUCCAACAUGAACGACUUGGUUUCUGAGUACCAGCAAUACCAGGAGGCUUCCGUCUCCGAGGGUGAGGACGAGUACGACGAGGAGGCUCCUCUUGAGGCUGAGGAAUAA